AUGAACCGUCCAGCCAAGCCAGGUUGGAAUAAUGAUAUCCUGACAAUGCGACAUUGCAAGUUUAACUUAUUGAGGGCCUGUGAUGGCUCAGUGAACAAGAGCUCUUCUUAUUAUUAUGGGAGAUGGUUGCUGCCCAAAUUUGUUGCAGAAUCUUCAGAGUCGCAGGACAGGGCACAUUGGCAUCACAUGCCUUGCCUUCUGGCAUUGCCUGAUAUGGGUCACUCUAGUCAUUUCAAUUCCUUGGUAAAAAGAGAAGCAGCAGACAUGGAAAGCUCAUCUGCAGUUCACAUUCCUGUCAGGUCCAUCAGCUUGCCUUCCAGGUUACAGCCAACCUUCCAUAAUAUUGAAUCAGAGUUAAGGAAGCUUAGAUCCUGGGAAUCAACAGUUCCUUCAGGAUCAGAGACAAUUCAACUACGCUUGGUUAGGGUUGCAGGGUUGUACAAUUGCUUACAGGAACUCAUUCACUCUCCACUCACCCAAAAAGCUCUUCACCGUCAUCAAUACCCGAACUUGGUCGAAGAGGCAUUCGAUGGGUCAGUUGAAUUGUUGGAUGUGUGUGGCAAUGCAAGAGACCUUUUCUUUAUGAUGAAAGAGCAUGUAAAUGAUCUUCAAUCGGCUUUGAGGAGAAGGGGUGGAAGUUCAAGCAUUGAAGGCAACAUUCAAGCCUACAUUUGCUUCCGAAAGAAGGUGAUCAAAAAGGACAUCACCAAGUGCAUAAAAACAUUGAAGAGAAUGGAAACUAAUGACAUCGAAUCAUUUCCUGUCAUGGAUUCAGAUCAUCUGUCAUUUCUAGUGAAAGUGAUAAGAGAAGUAAGGGCAAUUACGAGGUCCAUGCUCAGGUCCUUAAUGCUAUUCCUUUCAGUGCCAGUGAUGAAGACUAAGGGUAGUGGGUGGUUAUUGGUUUCCAAGUUAUUGCUAACAAGUGAGAGAAGCCAGAAGACGUUGAAUGAGUUGGGAGCAGUUGAUGCUGCUGUUUACACAAUUCAUGGACAAAUCAGAAGAAAUAAUGAUGAUGCCAAGGUUGAUGUGCAAGAAGUGCAAAAGAGAUUGGAGAGGCUUGAUGGAAGAAUCAAAGGGUUUGAGGGUGAAUUAGAUUGCUUGUUUAGAUGCCUAAUUCAAAACAGAGUGUCUCUUCUUAAUCUUGUCACUCCUUGA